AUGGGUCGCGCACUCACAGAGUCUCACUCUUUGCUUCACCUCUCUCUCCUCUCUGUCUCGCGAAGGGAACGACGACCGCCCUGGUUUGGCUGCUUCGUCUCUCCUCCGGCGCUCGCCGCGGAUCGCCGGCUCUCUCCCUCGUCGCUUUCAUGGCCUAAGAGGCAGACAACUCCUCAGUCCUCCCCUUCUCCGACGAUCUCUACCCUCCAGAUCUGUGCCAUCCCUGCUCUCCUUCCUCACCGACACGCGUGUCCCCGGCCUGUCGCUGCCGUUGACCUCGCAUUGAACGCGUGUAGGAGCGUGUCCGACACCGACACUGCAGCUAUUUCCUUCUGGCCUGAGUUUUGCUCACGUGCGAUCAAGGAGUUACCGAGACACAACCAACAGAGCGGACAUGAUCAUGGUGUUAGUAGUGAGGUGGAGCUUCAGUGCUUAUCUCCAGAAGAAUCAUGGUCCUUAUUCUGCAAGAAAGCCUUCCGUGGGAAGCCGUGUCCUCCUCACCUAGAACACCUUUCUCUACAGAUUUUGAGAAAAUGUGAGGGUUUGCCCCUGGCCAUAGUGGCAAUUGGUGGCCUUCUCUUUGCAAAAGAUGACCAAGAAUGGGAGAUGAUUGCCCGCAGCCUUGCUGCAGAACUAGAAACCGAUGACAAGAUGCAAAUUUUCGGGAAAAUUCUCAGCUUGAGCUACAGUGAUUUGCCUGAUAACUUGAAAAGCUGCUUUUUGUACUUGGGAGUAUUUCCAGAGGAUCAUGUGAUUCAGUGUAGGAGACUCUACCGUCUGUGGAUUGCAGAAGGAUUUGUUGAGGAAAGAGAAGGGAUGACACAAGACGAGGUUGCUGAAAGACACCUGAAGCAGCUUAUAGACAGGAGUUUGGUGCAAAUUGCAGAAACAAGAGAAAAAGAAUUGCACGAAAGAGUGCGGCGUCUGUCAGUCCAGUCCACCAACAACAAUGCACUAAACCAGCUAAAUCUCCCCCGCCUACGCUCUCUGCUCGUUUUUGAGUUUGGAGAAUCGUCAACCACAGAUGAGCAACUCGUCCCAAGUGGCUCUAAGCUGCUGAGGGUGUUAGAUCUGGGAGGCUCGUCCCUUCACAACUUCCCCAGACAAAUACUAGUCCUGUUCCACUUGAAGUAUCUAAGUUUGAGAGGGACCAAAGUGCGCAUCAUUCCUAGUUCAAUCGGGAAACUCCAAAGUCUGGAUACUCUGGAUCUUAGACAGACGUUGAUCUCGGAGCUGCCUGUGGAGAUAACCAAGCUCAAGAAAUUACAGAAUCUGUUGGUGUACCGUGAUUCAGAGCUCACAUUUCCUCUACCCUUCGGUCCUAGAAAGGGAAUUUCGGCUCCCGAGGGCAUGGGAGCGCUAAAAUCACUGCAAAAACUGUGCUAUGUGAAAGCUGGAGGUGGUCGGAGCAAGAAUAUUUUGCAAGAGCUGGGAGAGCUAAGUCAGCUAACGAGGCUGGGCGUAACGGAGUUGAAGACAGACGAUGCAAAGGAACUAUGCCACUCCCUCGAGAAGAUGACCAAUCUUCGAUCGCUAGAUGUGACUGCAGAAAGUGAGUCUGAAGUUAUUGAUUUGGAUAUUCUGUCUUCACCUCCCCUGCUCCUGCGGGGUCUAUAUAUGGCAGGAUGUCUAAAGGAGCUGCCUCAUUGGGUACCUCUGCUGAACAAACUGGCCGGAUUGCGUUUGGGAUGGAGCAGAUUGAAAUCCAGCCCCCUAAUUGCUCUCCAGAAUUUGCCCAAUCUGGUGGAUCUUUAUCUACAGAAUGCCUUUGAUGGGGAAACAUUGGUUUUUGGAGAUGGAGGGUUCCCAAAGCUGAAGAAGUUGCACUUUGAAGAUCUGGAAAAUCUGAGCUUUGUGUUGAUGAAUGGUCAGGCAAUGCCUUGCCUUGAGAGUCUCUCCAUUGUCGGAUGCAGCCGCUUGGACUGGCAAUCAUUACUGGUUGUUAUCCGCGGCCUCGCAAACCUCAAGGAUCUCAAAUUCUUUGGGAUGCCAGAAGAAUUUGCUCUUGCGUUCUAUCCGCAAAGCAGUAGCGGAAUGAGGGAGGGUGUUGUGCAAGAGUGCUAUGAGGAGGUGAUGGAACGUAACCCGAGAGUCUCCUUUAUCUGGCAGAUAGAGGGUCACUGGGAGAUGCAUGAUCUUAGCAUCCAAUCCUACAAUGUCAUCAAGGGUAGGGCGAUGAGCCGCGAUGAGGUUCUGCCUCAAGUUUCGUAG